AUGAAGCGAGCGGUGCGGGACGCGGUAGUGCGGGAAGCAGCUUCGUUUGGCGACGUGGUGAAGCGUCGGCGGGUGCAGAAGGCGUCGGAGUUGGAGAAGGCAAAGGGUGUGAGUAAAAGUCGUGCACGGAAGCUGGUGGUGGCGGAAGAGAAGGCGGCGAAAAACCCGCGUUGGGCGUUUGAGAGGAAGUGCGGGCGUUUAUAUUUAGAGUUGUUGCGGUCAUGUAAGCAGAAGGACGGCGCGGGUGUGGCUGAGGUGGUGGGGCGUAUCUUAACAGAGUACUUCGAGGAUGCGGAGAGCCCGAUUGUUGGUGCGGCGGUGCGUGUGCAGACGGCUCCGACUGCGAGCAAAGAGGCGGCAGCGGCCAAGGUCGAGUACGUGGCGGAGUUGACAAGACAGGCUGUGUCUCGUUCUCUGCAAAUGUGUUUUAAAGUGGGUAACGCACACGUGCGCGAAACAAUUUUGGCCAAAUGUACACCGGUCUUCGCUGAGAUGGCCACGUCCAGCUCUGGCAGCCACCUGUGCAUGAAGAUGCUCAACUACUCCAUCAAGGACAAAACCGUGUACCAACAACUCGUCCACAGCCUUAGCUACAAGUCCUUCUGGACCAAGAGCGGCGCACGCGUGUGGGAUUUCGCCUGGAAGAAAAAUACCAAACUGNUAACCCCCUUCGUAUACCGUCUGUUCUUCCAGAGACUUCUCGAGUCCGAGUUCCCCCGCACCGACCCGGACGCAGUCAACACCGACAAGCUUCUCGCUCUGAUCCGAGAGGCGUCGACAGAACUUCGGAAAACAAUCCGCGAACGCUCUAAAGAACUGGUCGACAAACUCACGCUCAAAGAACUACUUGGAUCCGAAAUCGCCCAAAGGUACCUCGCCAUACUAGCCAUUAUCGACUGUAGUGCGAUUAAGGGCGCAUCCAUGUCGCAGAAUGGAGUGACGUCAAAUGGAGCGAUGCCAAUUGGAGCGACGCCAAUGUUUAAUAAGGAUGAUAUGAGCAAGUUGGCGGAAGCUACGUUCGAGGCGACGCGGGUGCUGCUCAAGACGAAAGAUGGUGUGCAGGCAGCCUGCCGAUUUUGCGGGUACUGGUCGGCGAAGCAGCGGAAGACAUUUCUUGAGGAGAGCAAGAAGAACCUGCAGCUUGAGGAACUGUCCUGGACCGAUUAUCUGGUGAACCCGGUGGACGGUGUGUUUGUGGUGAGGUUGUUGGCGACUGUUGACGAUACCAAGCUGUCGACCAACUAUAUUCUGGGCCCGAUUUUGGGCGUGAAGCGCGACAAACACGGGAUUAUUAAGGCCGCCGGGAACCUCGACAAGACCUGGAGCCAGCUGUUGCCUCUGGGAGAAAAACAGGCAAACGAGUCCUCGGCGGAGGAGGAACAGUCCCGGACGGUGUCAAAAGUGCUCGGGCUCCUUGCGGCUGUCGUUCAACCCGAACACAUGAACAGAUUCGUCAACCCGCAACAGGCUGAACUGCUGCGGUACCCUUCUCCUAGCAGCCGGAAAGAGGAAGAUCUUCGCGCGGGCGAACUCCGAACCUUCCUCCAAGCCGCGCUCCGGUGUGUCCAGAGUGAACUCGAUCUCACCAAAUCAGUCGCCGCUGCCAAUCUCAAACCGCUCCUCGGUGAAGCCAUCUUCGGCAGCAACGACGCCUCCGAUGACGAACAAAACAGUGACCAAAACAACGACGCCGAUCGAAACCGCAAGAACGACCACAACACGGAGGACGACAUGGCAGAUGAAGUUGGGGACUCCAGUGAGCAAGAAAGCGUCAGCGAAUAA